GCUUGCGUGUGACGUCAUCAAAAGCGGACAACUCUCAGUCAACGUUGGUUUUGUUUUCAUCAGAAGGGUACCUUCUUUUCAUUUGCUGUCAGUUUUGUCUAUGAUGCUUCCAUGAAUCCAGUAACCAAACGAAGACUGCCCUCGUCUUUGAGGAAUCUGCUGACAGACAUCAGCCCAAAAGAAGAAUGGACAGACAUACAGCCAGACCCGGAGAUCAGGGAUGGGAUUAUAAUACCGCCCAGGGGAGCUGCGGUGGCACCGGAGGAACUUCUGUCUCCAUCCCACGAGCAGAUGACCGAAGAGACCAAAGAGAAAAGCGAGAAAGGAGCCGUGUGCCUGCUCUGCCACUGUAAACCCUCCCUGUACACCUGUCCGCGGUGUAAUGUGCCCUACUGCAGUUUGUCCUGUUACAAGAGCCCUGAGCACUCCGUUUGUUCAGAGGACUUUUAUAAAGAGUCUGUUCUGAACGAGCUGAAGGAGAUGGGUACAACUGAAGAGGAAGGGAAAAAGAAAAUGCGAGAAAUUCUGUUGGGACUUAGAAAGAAGGCAGAAAAUACAGAGGGUGACAUGGAGAGUCUGUUGAAAAAAGAAGGGAUUUUACCAGAGCAAUCAGAAGAAGAAACAGAAGACUCAGAGAUCAAUGUACAGGCUAUUGAACUUUUGUCAAGGCUUGCAGAAUUACAGGAGACAGAUGAGGAAAAUGCAGAGGAGAUCGAGACUAUUUUGAGAAGCCUUCAGAAGUUAGGAACAGGGAACGACGUCGAUGAGCUCGAGUCUGAAGAUGUCCAAGAUGAAAAUGAUGACAUGGACUUAGCCGAUCGACUGCAAGGGUUGGAUAUUGAUGAGCUCUCGGAGGAACAACUGUGGGGCCUUUUGAGCAAAGAGGAGAAGAAAAAGUUUGUAGGUUUAAUUAAACAUGGCGCCUUUAAUGGACUUGUUACUCUGUGGAAGCCGUGGUGGGAGGAACACGAGGAGAAAGGUCGGGUACUGGUAGAAGUGCUCCACGAGGAGAUGAGUAAAGAGAAAAAAUGCAAUGCCGAUACUGUUAAAACAUCAGAACAGGGUACAUGUGGAAGUAAAUCUAAUAGAAAGGUUAAACUGGUAAAAGAAAGAAAGGACGAAACUGGUGUCCCUCCAGUUUCUGUAAAAAUCCCCAAGUUGAGUUGUCUAUGUUCAAAUCCUUCCCCUUUGGUUGGCUUCUCUGUGGUCAAUGCUCUUUUCAGUUACUCAUUUACUCUUUGUUUCUUUAAUGGAGACACUGACUCUCUCGUAUUUGAACUGUGUGACAUGAUCUUAGCUAUAUCCGAGGCUCUGAAUUCAAGCAAAAUAUUUACUUCAGUUCAGGAGGCAUUAGAUUCUGGCCAAAGUUUAAUUUUAGGUGAAGGCUUCCUCGGUAAGGAUGACCCCAGUGCCCCUGUCAGAGCUGUAGAAGCUGUAGCUCACAUACUGACAGGUAGGAACAGGGAGGAUUCAAUUGGAUACUGUCUCUCUGCUCUUAGUCAUCUCCGGUUAGUGUUAUCUCAGGCCAAAGCAGCCUUAUCUAAAGAGGGAGACAAGGGAAAUAAGAGAAAGAAAUACUUUAUGGCCUGCAAAAAAUGUGAGUUUCUUCAAGCUUGGGUGGUUGAAAAUGAACAUAAUGUAAAUAUUCUUGCUAUUGAGCUGUGGAAUGAACACAGUAAAAGACAGGCAGAAUUAUUAUCAAUGACUAAAGCCAAGGCUGAGGUUGAGCAGAGCUGGAAAAAAGGAAAACGAAGAAGAGGAAAUGGUAAAUUGGUGGAAGAAAUCUAGAGCACUUGUAUUUUCUGAAUGGAGGGGAGUGUUGUCCCAGGUACAGAAUCUUCUUAUUAAUUGAUAUUAAAGGGCGGCCCCCAAAUCUCUGUCUAUGGGCCUGUCUGAAUGUGUGAUCAUGUUUCUAUUUGUUGUCUUUUGUGUUUUCCAAUAAACUCACGUUUUAAAACAUC